CAGCGGCCUGCGGGGACUCACACGCAGUGCAGCCAGCAGCAGCCUCCCCCGGUCGGACCUGCACCUCACACGCCCGCUCACAGACACCAACCAUGCACCUGAGCGCGUACGACUCCUGCCAUUCCCUGUUCUUGCUUUGCAUCCUUCUGCGGAGUUGCCAAGCUUUCAAGAACGACGCCACGGAGCUCCUGUUCUCGCAUGUCAGCGCGCCGGCGCCCGAGGUUCAGAGCAAUGUGUCCCUGAACCGCGCACGGAGCGGCGGGAGAGGAGCGGGCGGCGCGGAGCACGACAAAGGCGAACGAAACCAGAUCGGAUGCAGAGAGCUGAGAUCCACUAAGUAUAUCUCAGAUGGCCACUGUACCAGCAUCAACCCUAUCAAGGAGCUUGUGUGUGCUGGCGAGUGUCUCCCAGCUCAGAUGCUUCAAAACUGGAUUGGCGGCGCCAAUGGUAGGAGGUUCUGGGGUCGCCAGAGCAGCAUCCAGGACUGGCGAUGCGUGAAUGACAAGACCCGCACCCAGCGCAUCCAGCUGCAGUGCCAGGACGGCAGCACAAGAACCUACAGAAUCACCGUGGUCACCUCCUGCAAGUGCAAGAGGUACACAAGGCAGCACAACGAAUCAGGCAACAAGCUCGAGGAGCCUGGUCUGUCACCGCCACAACUCCUGCACAAACACAAGUCCAAGAGCAAGAGGAGGCUGGGGAAGAGCCGGCUGAGUGAGAACUGGCACGAGACUGAACCCUGAGAGCCAGCAGAUGCACAGACUGACUCUGAAUCUACACAAACCUACAGGAGUUUUGUCUCUGUGUUACUAGGACAUGACAUCCAGAGCUUAUGGAUUAUUUCUCAGUGUGACUGGGACCUGAUUUAUAUGAAGCUAGUUCCUCACUAUGAUGUAAAACUUGAAAGAACAUUCUGACAUUUUAAUCCAUGUGAUUAAAGAUAAUGUGAACAGAAAUGGGGUGUGCAGACUGCAGAGCUUCCUGGAGCCCAAGGCUGAGCUUCAGUGUCCCAGAUGUAGCCAUAUGCAUGUGUUCGCACAGACACCAGUAAAUAACACCAAACAUCUCAAAAAAUUUUGUGUAAAUACUUGUACAUAUACAACAUUUGUACCUUCUUUUUGAAGUAUGGCCAUGUGUACAAAAUUUUAGAUUUAUGAUGUAUGAUGUAAUAUAUUUUCUGUGGCAACACAUGAUGUGUCUAAGUGGUGUCGGCAUGUGGAUGAAGUCUGGAGAGACUGUGCCAUCUGUCAUUCUUGUAGUAACUUUAUAUGAAAUAAAUCUCACUUUUUUCCACAUGUUGUCAGUGGAGACUGUACCAGGUAUGACGGUAUUUCAUCUGCAGGAGGGCUCAUAUUAAAACUCAAAUCACGACAACACCGCAGUCCUAAUGUCAGCUAGUAGAAAAUGACUAUCUUCUAUUAUCGAUAUAAACAUCCAUCCAUUACCUGUACCGCUUGCUG